AUGAUCAGGAUCGCGAUUGCGCUUCUCGUGUUAAUUGAAAUAAAUGAAGUGCGCGGUUUCAGUCUUCUCGACCGCGUGAACGGACAGGAUAUCAGGACAUCGAUUCCCGACUUCAGAACAUCUGACGCCGACACAGGAAUGAGAUCGGCCCACUAUGUCGGAUCGUUUCGCGGCGAACCGAUUCGCACCCGCCAGCACAAUGCUUUCAUUGACGAUCAUGGCGUUCCAAUCCCAUUGAUGUCAUUCUCCGACUUCGGAAAAAUGACAUUACCACAUAAUCGUCACCACAAGACCAAGACAUUCGUUUCCGGCUUCAAGAAGACCAAGUUCACCGAGAACGAAAUCAAGGAUCAUGACCAGCUGCUCGCCGCUCUUCUCCGACUUUAA